CGCUUUUUUGCGCAGCUCGCCAAUUGCCCUUUUUCUGCCCCCUGAGCCCCUCCAAUUCACACCCACUGCCCUUUCCUUAUUUCAUAAAUGGACUGCAAAGAAACGCUCUUGCAGUGUGGCGUCGAGCUGCGUGAUGGAGAACCGCCGCUCGUGCACACAUCGACCGCGUUGUUCCGGUACAAGCUAGGCGAAGCCAUCGCCACCGAUCCAACCCUGGCCAGCACUCUGGCCGGACUAUAUCGAGGAGCUGCUCUGACGGCACUGCGGUGCAGCGGCACUGGCGGCUCAGCGCAGAGCGAGAGUCUGUCGCAGCUGAUCGCCGCAUUGCUCGACAAGUUCCCAGAUGCGUCAGACACAAAGGUCUCGGUGCGGCUGCUGCGCCAGCUGCGGUGGCUCGACUAUGUCAUUGACUCGGCCGCGCUGACGGCAAAGCUAGUCGAGACCCUGGGAUUUGUGCCGCCCGAGAUGCAGAGUGAGAUCAUUGUAGCCCUGCCAGACAUUAUAUCGGACUCCGAUCACGCUGAUGUAUCAAAGGUGCUGACCCUGGGCAGCCUCGAGUGCUCGCUGAACCAGCAGCAGGAGUGCCGCAAUGCGGUGCUCAUGCACAUGAUCUCCGCUGAGCCUGGCGAGCUGCCGGUCAUGGUCAAGUAUCUGCUGCAGUCGGUGUCGGCAGAGACCGCUCCUGCAACCAUCCAGCGCAUUCGCCGCAGACUCGACAUGGACUCGGUGGUGUUGACCAUGCGCCAGAUGGGCAAGGUGUCCGAGGACUUGGCGCCCGAUCAAGUUGGCACGCAGACGACACUGGAUAUCGUGGUGCUGCUGAUAUUGCAUGAGAUCACAACGCUAUCCAAGCGUGUCGAGACAGUGCUCAGGGCCAAGAUUAACCUUGUCUCGUCACACCCAGUCGCGUACACACCUGACAUCAUGGGUGACGCUGUCAGGCGGUUUCCGACAGUGUUUGCAGCGCAUUUCUCUGGACUCUUGUCAGUCACUAGUUGGCUGAUCCAGACAUCGCCGCUCAACAGCUUCUCAAGCCAGGUGGUCGCUGCGAUGACUGUGGCGGCAUUCGGCGGCAUGGGCACGUUCCAGCGACAGGAGAUUGCGGCAGAGCUCGCAGCGCAUGUUGGCAGCGGGAACGCAAAUGAGGUAGAUACUGCAGCGCGCAUAUAUCUGCAGCUGGCCCAGCAGCACCCGAUGGAGCUGCGUCCGUUUGCUGUCUUUAUCAAGGGGCUUUUGGACUAUGUCGACAACCUGUCGAUUGAAAACAUGCGCAUGGUAUUUGACACACUGGGCAUCCUGGCCACACUCAACACGUCUGGCGGCGAUGACAGCAUGUUCAGCGACCUGUAUAUCUUUGUGCGCAAGCAGCUGGCUAGUGCCUUCCCAAAGUACAACCGCAUCGGUAUUGUCGGCACCGUGUCGCUUCUGCGGCAGCUCGGCACCAAAGACAACAACGUGUAUAUGAGCAGAGCUUUGAACGCCGGGAUCGAGGGUGGCAGCUCGUCGCAGCUACCGACUGCCAAUGUACAGGCGCUGCGUAAGGCCGUACAGCUGCUGGAGAUGCUGGUGGAUGCCGGCCGCCACCAGUCGUGGGCGUUUGUUUCGAUGACGUAUGAUGAGCUAGCGCACAUUGUCGAGGUACAUGGGCUGCAUCCGCAGCUGAUGACAUGGCUGCAUGAGAACGUGUCAUCAGCAUUUGCGUCAAUGUUCCUGGCCGACAAGGAUAUGCUCGGAGCGCGGUACAUCCUAUAUGGCCAGCCACAGGUGUCAUUGCCGUUGGAUGAGGAUGACGCAACAGUCCUCGAUAUACUGGCACACAACAAGGACGCAGCUGACCUGGGCAUGAUGGACGUGGCUAGGCGCGAAGAUUCUGAAAGCGAGUGUGGUAGCAAUGCAGCCACAAAGCUGCGCGGGUGCCAGCUUGCCUGCCUGCCGUCGCUGUUCCGCCUGAUUCAGGUAUGCGAGAAGGCACUGAGCAACGGAUCGCUUGCCGAGGUCGAUGCCUUGCUGGUCAGCGGGCUAUACAUGUUGCCGCCAAUCGAUGGCACAUAUCAGCCCGAUCCGCUCAACGACACGGCACAGCAGUUUGUGCUGGCUGAGACCAGCGAUCCCGACGUCAACUGUGCCAAUGCAAUUUCAGGCACAGCGCUGGUGGGCACCACUGACGAGAUGCGCACUGAGCUGAUGGCCAAUGUCAGCACCUGGCGGCCAGAAAUCCGCCGCGUGCUAUGCUCGUCGCUACCUAUCAAUGCGUUUGCCGAUCAGCAGUCGCCAGAGAUCCGAUCGGGAGUGGUGCAGCGCGCCAACCAGCUGUCACAGCUUGAAAGCGAUCUGGUCACACUGGCUGGCACACUAAGCAGCACGCGCCACGAGUUCAAUCCAGUCGCCGCAGGGCUCAUCCCAGAUAUAUCGAAUGCCACUGUGGCGCGGCCAAGUAGUUUAGGAGCACUGUCGAUUGGAAAGAGAGCCCAGGAUGGUGCAGAAUCGACAGAAGGUGCGCAGCCUGCCAUGGGCACGCAGUCGGCGGGGUAUCAGGUCGAGUUUGACGAUCUGCUGCUGUCCCAGGAGGAUUCGCGCAAGUUUGUCGAGGAUCUUGUGGAGAGCAACGCCAGCGCAGCGAGUGGCAGCAGUGGCAGCAAGAAGCGCGGGCCGACCCUUUGGCUGGAGACUUUUGCAAAGACCCCACAUGUGUUUUUACGCGAGCUCAGCAUGUCGGCCUUUGGCAUCCUGGCCAUCAACAGCGAGGCACAAGAUCCGGAUGCACCGACCUUUGGCUGUGCCCGCAGGAGCGCCGGUUCCCGUGGGCCAGUCGGUUCGCAGGUCCAGGGCUCGCUGGCUACGUUCAGCUCCAAUAUCGCCAGUUGCUCGGCCAACGAUCUGGCCAGACGUCUGUUGCCGCUGCUGCCGUCAUUGCUCGCCUACCUCGAGAGCUGCUUGUUGGUGCGCGCUCGGUUCCGCAACGACGUUGAAUUGGAAGGCAAUAUUGAGUCGCGGGAGCGGGUCAGCCUGGGCGUCGACUCGUCGGAUGAUGUCGAUGUAGUUGAAUCCUGCAUUGACGUGCUGCUGCAGAUUGUCAGUGCAAUCCUGCAGUGGGACGGAUUGCAAGGAAAGGCUGACGACAAUGCUGGAUUCCUGGAAGCACUUGCCGAGCAUGGGGCGCUCACAGACCAUGCCGAGCUGGCCGACAUGCCAACAGACAUGCUGGUGCGCCGGGCGUUUGACAGCAUUCUGGCGCUGGCCAGCCUGACAGCGACAACCAGCCGGGCAGUCAGCAUUCUGCGGAUGCUCGCAUCCAUACGGUCGUUUGCACCGCAGAGCGAGACGCUUGAGGAGGUGCUUGCUAUGGACGCUCAGCAGCGACAAGACACCAUGGAUGCGCAGAUCAGUGCGUUGGCACAGCGGAUUCUGUGCGGAGAGUGGGCCGAUUACUCUGACGUCAAACCAGCCGAUCUCGAGUAUAUUGUUGAGCAGCAUAUCACGCGGAGCCCUGGACAGGCUAUGAAUCUGGCGCAUGAGUAUGCAGUGCUGAUCCUCGGGCACGAGCAGACAUUCGCUUCGUACUACCGCGCAGUGACCUUAAUGCUGGCGCGAAAUGUCAGAGAUGCGGGUUUCGGCAACAUGAACGGUGGGGAGAUUCUGGACUUUGCUGCCUUAGCAUCCGAUGCUUCGCACCUUUUGCCGCGGUUCGACAGCUACUUCUUGGUGCACAGCGACCGGAUCAUUGGUGUCGUGGAGAAGGUGCAGAAGUGCACGCGCAUCCUGCAGAACAUCUGCAAUCACUCCAAGGCCGAGAUGGAUACCAAACUGCAGGCGGCCGUUCCGUCUGUCAAGCGCAAGCUCGAGUAUCUCAUCUUCGAGGUCUUCCGCAUCAUGGAACACAACGGAUGUCUCCAGGCCAUCGACAUGGGCAACUUGAAGCACAGGGAUCUGCGCGGCAAUGUCGUUAGCUCGCAGAUCGAGCGGCUGCAGGAGGAUUCCGAGGACGACAAUGGCAUUGAUGCUGGUGAGGAGGAGGAGCUUGUGGAGGAGGAGGAGGAGGACCAGGAGGAGGAGAGGAGCCGCCAGCACAUAAUCGUCGGCACGAUACGUGAAGAAAACAGAUCGGGCUGCACGCUCAAGGGGUUUGAAACAACGCAGGAGCGCUGCAAUGCGGAGCCCUCGUGCAUUGCACAGCCAAUGCCAUUCUCAAUGCCACCAUUGCCGUGCAAAAUCGGCAUUGUCUGUCCGCUAGUGGACCUGGACCACUUGCCCCCCAAGUGUUUCCCGCGCCACAGGUCCGCGUCCGGAUACGAGGCUGUGUGUGAACCAAGUGCAGACUGCCACUAUGCGACCAGCACGCCUGGUCCUACGCCUACCAGUGCAAACAAAUGCCCCACUGCCUCCCCUACGCCCACGUCCGAUGAGGCUGCGCUGAUCGGCUCGUACAUGGCGAGUGUCGAGGAUAUGGGCGAUCUUCCGUUCACCGCAACAAAUGACAGCGAGGCGGUGGAGGACACUGGCGACGACAGUCUGUUUGUUACGCACCCGCUGCCCAGCAGCUGCUAUAGACGGUGCCUGAAGUGCGAGACCUCGGCUGGCGAUGAAAGAGAUCCCGCCUGUGUCUCGAACAUCUGCCAGGACCGGGUCCUGGAGCCGACGCUGAACCGACAAAAAGUGCUUCAUGCCGAGCAGCAAGUGCAGGAGCUGUUGAAUUCGCGCACGCAAACGGAGCAUGUGUUCCAGCCGCAAAACAAGUUCUGGCAGGCAGUGUAUUUCAAGCUAGCCGACCACUACCGCAUGGGAUCCGGGUACGGGCAACAGCCCGGCCAGGUGAUGGUGAUAAAAGGCGCCGACGCAUGCAUGCCAAGCACGACGAUUGCGCAGUACAUUGAAUCACACGGGUUCCCACUAGACGAGCCCGAGGAAGAAGAGGGGAAUGCAAUGAAUGUCACGAUGAUUAUGCGCAGACGCAAGGACCAGAGCCGCAGUGGCAGAGAUAAGCGGAAACACGAUAGUAGGCCGGUGCGAUCACAGAAUGAGCAGCAGGGACUGAGGUCGAUAGAGGAGCGUGAGGCCGAGUAUGAGAGAUUAAGAGCCGAGAUCUUCCAGGGAGGCGCUGAAGCAUCAGCGGCUGGUGCAGAGCCGGUAUGUGCGGCGGAUACGAUCGAGAAGUGGCAGUGUGUGCCAAAUCGCAGUCAGCAGGCGGGUGUGCACAGCAGUGCUGGAUACCAGCCCUCUUCGGUGCGUCCGCCAGUGCGACCGUGGAAGCAGCUGUAUGAUCCAAAGAGCCAACCUGGUAAUAGGAGGCAGCAAAGUCCGAAUGGAAAUGCACACGCUAAUGGCACAUAUGGCCACCAGCAGCAGUAUCGGCCGAGUGUCAGAGCGCCGGCAAAACAGGCGUAAGAGGAGAGCUUGGCAGCUUGACAAUUUUGCUUUGCCUGUGUUUUUUUUUACAUAUAUACUUCCCCC